AUGACUCCCAAGUUACUGCGUAACCAGCUUCGCGACAAGUUCGUUCUCGUGAUUGGCGACAGCGUGGCGAAGAACUUUGCGGCGUCGGUGAUGUGCGUGCUGCACUCGUCCAGUUGGAACCUGACGGAACGGUUCCAGUUUGAGAGUCGGGGGAGUGUCGCACACGGCAUGCAGGUGGGUCGCACACACACGGCAUGCAGGUGGGUCGCACACGGCAUGCAGAUACAGCGGUACAACAUCCGCGUCGCUGCAGUCACAUCCAACUUCCUCAGCAACGCCACCGCUGUCCCUUCAACCUCCUCCUCCCCCUCGCCCUACUUCGGAUCGCGAGUCAACCUGGACCAGCUACAGGACGACAUUGUCAACCAGAAGCUGACGUGGCUGCAGGUGAGGUGUAGGAAAUGGAAGUCAGCGGGCGGGGACAGCACGUUCACGAGCCCCAAGGCGGGGGCUGUGGGGGUGAAGCGGUUGCAAGAAGGAGCUGCACCCGGCACAUACUACGGGCCCAAGAUCGAGAACGGGAAUCCAAUCACUGUGGAGUUCGACCUUGGAUCUGAAACUAUCACAGUGGAGUCAAGGGAGGGCGAGAACCUGCUGCAUCUGGCCGAGAGAUGUGGCGCCAUGAAACCCUCUGAGGAAUUCUGCUUCGAGGGGACGUGCUGCCACUGCGAGAUGGAGGUGGAGGGAGGCGCAAGUGAGGCAGGGUACCGUGCCAUGGGUGGUUCCGACCUCAUCCGCAGCUGCAUUUGCCCGGUGCCGGGCCGCAACGGCGGCUCCCUCAAAGUCCGCAUUCUCAGUGAGGAGGACGCGUGGGGGGAUGGCGUUCUGUAA